AUGUUAUCAAUAUUAGAAUCGAAGGAAAUAGAUGAUUCAAUUUCUAUGAACGCGACCGCAGAGGACCUCCUACACACGGUACCAAACACUGGAGCUGGAGAAGGAGUUCCACUUCAACAGGUACCUGACGAGGCGGCGGAGGAUAGAGAUCGCCCACGCGCUCUGCCUGACGGAGAGGCAGAUCAAGAUCUGGUUCCAGAACCGGAGGAUGAAGUGGAAGAAGGAGCACAAGAUGGCCUCGAUGAACGUCAUCCCUUACCAUUACCACAUGUCCCAGCCCUACGGGAAUCCCUACCAGUUCACGCACCUGACCACCUAACUAGCUUCCGUCAUGCCCAACAGCCACGACCUCUGGCAGGAGAGGUAUGA